AUGCGCUCCCUCGCAACUCUCCUUCCCCUUGCUGGAAUUCUUUCCACUGCUACUGCAGCAGGUUCAUUGGGAUUUGCUCUUGGUGACAAGAAGACCGAUGGUACAUGUAAAUUCACCGCCGACUACGAGGCGGAUUUCGAUACGAUUUCUAAAGGGAGCACGGCUCGCAUCGUGAGAGGUUAUGCCGCAAGCGAUUGCGAUACCGCGAAGCAGAUCUUGCCGGCGGCGAAGUCGAAGGGCUUCAAGGUUGUUUUGGGUAUUUGGCCAGAUACCGAUGAAUCCUUCGCUGCGGAUAAAGCAGCAGUAGUCAAGUAUGCGCCUCAAUAUAGCGAUCAGGUGUAUGCUAUUACUGUCGGUUCGGAAUCUCUCUACCGGGGAAACUUCACGGGUGAACAACUUCUCGAGAAGAUUCAGGAUGUGAAGAAGGCGUUGAAUGGAGACUUUAAGGUUGGAACGGCUGAUAGUUGGAAUAAAUAUAUGGAUGGGACAGCCGAUGCUGUUAUUAAGGGUGGUGCGGAUAUCUUGUUGUGCAAUGCUUUCAGUUAUUGGCAGGGGCAGGAACUGAAGAAUGCUACGCAUAGUUUCUUUGAUGAUAUCAUGCAGGCUUUUGGUCACAUUCAGGAUGUUGCUGGAUCUGCUACUGAUGGACCUGAACUUUGGGUUGGAGAGACUGGUUGGCCAACAGCAGGCUCAAAAUACCAAAACGCCGUCCCGGGCACAUCGUCUGCACAAACUUUCUGGAGUGAAGCCAUCUGUGGCAUCAUGGAUUGGGGUGUAAAUGUUUUCUCCUUCGAGGCAUUCGAUGAGCCAUGGAAGCCAGUAUCUACCGGUGCCGACGGAUCUGUCGCGGAUGAAACUCACUGGGGAGUCUGGAACAGUGACCGAAGCAGUAAAUACUCCUUGAGCUGUUAG